UCCCACCGCUUCCGCAGGUGGGCUGUGACACCGGGAGCGGCGCGAGGAUGAAGCUGCUGACGCACAACAUGCUGACCUCGCAUGUGCGGGGGGGUGCGGCCCGGGGGGGUUUCCCCCUCCGUAUCCAGGCCACCGAGGUGAAAGUGAAUAACGUGGAUUUCAACCAGGAGUUCGUGGCGCGGAUGAUCCCCAAGGUGGAGUGGGGGGCCCUGGUGGAGGCUGCGGAGAGCCUGGGCCAUCUGUCGGACCUGCCCCACCAGCUGCCCCCUGAGUACGAGAACAAUGAGGACUUCCUGAGGAAGGUGCAUCACGUGCUGCUGGAGGUGGAGGUGAUGGAGGGGAUCCUGAAGUGCCCUGAUUCUGGCCGGGAGUUCCCUAUCACCAAGGGCAUCCCCAACAUGCUGUUGAGCGAGGAGGAGACGUGAAGGGCCAGGAUGGCCAAGCUGGGAAGGUUGGGGUGGGGGAGGGAGUCCCUAAGGGUGUGGCGGGGGAGGGAGGGUUCUACAGGGAGUAGAAGACAUUCGGUGCUCCUUUGGUUUGCGUAUAAAUAAACCGGUGAGGUGGAGCCUAGCAUGGGGCGUGUCAUCCAUUACCUGUUCCCCCUCACCUGCUUGUGCCCCUCAAUCACAACCUGCAGCACUCUGCCAUCCUAGCCCUUGGCUACCCCCAACCACACUUGUGCUGGUGCCCUUCUAUUCUAAUCCAGUCCCCAUCCCUAGUUAGCCCUUGGUCUAUCCGAACACUGGCCUGCCACACCUUGCACCGUA